AUGUAUUUUCAAUUCGUUAAAACCAUUAUCUCACAAGAAGCUCAAGUGCAGAUCCAGGCGCUGCUCGUCACGAAUCUGAUCUCUGCGUCUGAGCUGCAGCUCACAAGUCCGUUCGAGAAGUUGCAUCGCUGGUCUUACGACCUCAAAAUGAAGCCGCAACGAAACUCAACUCGUAUUAUUCUCCGCGCUGCUGACUCUUCUUGGCGCUCUCAGCCUUCGCUGUUCGCGAAGAGGAUCACGCUGGCACGCCCGAUGGCAAAAGUUUGGAGGACAUGCGUCACAAAGGGCGCUGCGCUAGGACACGCGGAGACGAACAGAAAGCCAACACGUAAACCUAGCAAGGCGGCGGCCAUACGUGCAGCCAAGAAAGGGCGAGCUGCUUCGCGCGCUGCGACUGGAACUAUUGACGCAACUGAUACCCUGAGACGUGAACCAACUCCCAUGAGCAUGGAGGAGAGCAGUGGAGCAGAAUCAAGGGCGCGGCAGUCGAAUCCCACCGCCGUGGCGUCACAACUGCUCAGUGGUGUCAUUAAAGCGAGGGAAAAGACGUCUGACACCGACCGUGCGGCUAGUGUCACAAUCUGA